UUCAAAUAAUCCGUUCUCUCGAAAACUCACCAAGACCAUUUCGUGAAUAUAGAAACUUGCCGCGGGGAGAAUGGCGGGGGAAGCUGACGCCGCUGUCGUUGCGUCCGCCAGUACGGCAGUUAUGGCUGUUACUGCAGCGCCGACGGUUGGCCCCGAGAUACUUGUCCUUCAGCUAGUGUACGUCAUCGCCGUUAAGUACGCCUGGAUGUUCAUCGUGGCAUUCGGCCUGUUCGGCAACGUGAUGUCCAUCAUGAUAACCAUGCAGAAGGACAACAGGCGAAUCUCGACAUGUAACUACAUGACUGCUCUUGCGAUGGCUGAUUCGAUUGUCCUCGUCAACGAAGGAAUAUGGAGAAUAUUUUUCCACGUCUGGGAUUCAGAUUUUCCGACAGAGUUGGACAUGCAAAUAAUAUGGUACAUCGGGUUUUCCUUCGCAAUCCUUUCUGGUUUUUACCUCGCCGAGAUGACCAUUGAUAGGCUGAUCGUUGUCAGAUUCCCGAUGGCUGCUCCCAGACUCUGCACAACACGCCGCGCCUGUACAACAAUAGUCGUGACGUGCAUUGUGGUCUGUGGUCUCAAUCUCUACGUACUGUUCAACUUCAAAUACGUCCAUAACGAGCAGACAGGACACGGAACUCUGCUUAUGACGGUAGCAGAUGCUCCUGAACUCGAAACGCUGGGAACGACGGCUCAGUUAGCCAUAGGUACCAUCUUACCGUUCUUAAUCAUCGUCUCAUGCAACGUGUGGAUCUUUAAAGUCCUGCACAAGGCCUCAAAGAAGAGUAGCGAAAUGGGCGUCAGCAAGGAAAACCAGAAAACGCGAGAAAAAGAGACAGCGCACUUGAGCAGAAUGUUGCUUCUUGUCAGCAUCGCAUAUGUGCUGACGUCGAUUCCUUUGAGAAUCUACGACGUCAUCAUUGGGAUUCCGGAAGUCUUGGCACCAUACAGGCUGGACGAGGAGUACUGGAGUCUGCGGUACUAUUGCCAGUAUUUCAUAGUGGAAGACGUAUGGGAGAUGAAUUUUGGCAUCAACUUUUACCUUUAUUGUAUCGGAGGUGGCAAGAAAUUCCGGAAUGACGUCAAAGAGAGGCUGCAACAUAUAUUACCCUGUUGUAAGAUGUCAAGGACACGUGGCUCACAAAAAUCCGUCCUGUAG